AAACCCAGUCUUGUUUACUUUCCCCUUCCCUUUCUUUGACCUUUGCUUCAUAGUAGUAAACAAUUUCAGCUUGAGAAAUGGCCAGAGAGAUGCAGAAAAGCAGCAUGUUCAUUGAGCAAAACACUGCAGACUAUGAAAAUGGUGAUGCCCAAAUGAACUUGGAUGAUGAUGGUCGAAAAAAAAGAACUGGGACAUGGGUGACUGCAAGUGCUCAUAUUAUCACUGCUGUGAUUGGGUCUGGGGUGUUAUCUCUUGCCUGGGCGAUUGCUCAGUUGGGUUGGGUGGCUGGACCGGCGGUUCUCAUGAUUUUCUCCUUCAUCACCUAUUUCACCUCCACCCUUCUUGCUGAUUGCUAUAGGGCUCCCGACCCGGUUCAUGGAAAAAGAAAUUACACCUACAUGGAUGUUGUUAGAGCUUAUUUGGGGGGGAGAAAAGUUAAGCUUUGUGGAUUGGCUCAGUAUGCAAACCUUCUUGGAGUAACCAUUGGCUACACAAUCACUGCAUCAAUUAGUAUGGUGGCGGUGAAAAGGUCAAAUUGCUUCCACAAACAUGGGCAUGAGGCUAAGUGCCAAACAUCAAACAACCCAUUCAUGAUCAUCUUCGGAUGCAUCCAAAUCAUCCUCAGCCAAAUCCCAAACUUCCACGAGCUUUCAUGGCUCUCAAUCCUUGCUGCCAUCAUGUCCUUCGCUUAUUCAUCCAUUGGCCUUGGACUCUCCAUUGCCAAAGUUGCAGGUGGGACGGGACAUGUGAAGACGACAAGCUUAACGGGAGUGACAGUAGGGGUUGACGUGUCCGCCUCUGAAAAGGUUUGGAGUACAUUCCAAGCCAUUGGGGACAUUGCCUUUGCCUAUGCUUUCUCCACCGUCCUCGUCGAGAUUCAGGACACACUCAAAUCCAGUCCUCCGGAGAACAAGUCGAUGAAGAGAGCGAGCGGAAUCGGUGUCAUGACGACCACCUUAUUCUACGUACUAUGUGGCAUUGGCGGAUACGCGGCGUUCGGAAACGAUGCGCCGGGGAAUUUCCUCACGGGGUUCGGUUUCUACGAACCCUUUUGGUUGAUCGACUUCGCCAACGUCUGCAUCGCCGUCCAUCUCAUCGGUGCAUACCAGGUUUUUGCCCAACCGUUAUUCGGCUUCGUCGAAAAGCUGACCACCAAACGUUACCCCGAUAACAAGUUCAUUACACGCGAACACGCCAUCAAUGUUCCGUACUGCGGCGUUUACUACCUAAACUUCUUCAGAUUGGUAUGGAGGACGGCGUACGUUAUCGUGACGGCCGUGUUAGCGAUGAUAUUCCCUUUCUUCAACGAUUUCUUGGGUCUUAUCGGAGCAGGCUCAUUUUGGCCUUUGACGGUCUACUUUCCGAUCGAGAUGCACAUCGCGCAAUCAAAAAUACCAAAGUACUCAUUCAGGUGGGUGUGGUUGAAAGUACUAAGCUGGGUUUGCCUGAUAGUAUCACUCAUCGCAGCAGCUGGAUCCAUUCAAGGACUAAUAAACAGUCUCAGGGUUUACAAGCCAUUCCAGACACCCAAGGAGUGAGGAUUCUUGACCAGAUCAGCUUAGGUUAGUGAAAUUUCUAACAUUGGUCAAUAAGAACAAACUUGAGGGAAAUGUAAUUCUAAUGCACUUACACGUGCAUUCCAGAUUCAAAUCUGCUUAUAUCGUGCUACCUUUUCAAUGACAAUAUUAAAUUCAAAAGUUUAUGGCA